CCAGAUUUUUCGAAUUCGAUUUGAAAUACUUAGUCCUUUGUUCGAGAAUGAUCGCUUUCCCGUUUCAUAACCUUUACAUAAGCUACAAAAAGAAAAGGUAGCGUAGAAAAUUCUACCGACGCCAAGCACAUAAUGAGAGCACUGGUGAUGUAUAUAAAAACAAGGAUCUCAAAGAGAGAGAAUACAUUUCAGGGGACGCGGAAUUCAGAUGAACUCCAUCUCUCAGUAAAUAAAGUACUGCUGUGGGGUAGAGCUGUUUUUGUUCUCUCCGAUUCAGCUGUUCUGUGAUCGGCAGCAAGCUGGAUUGAUGUGCAAUGCAGAGGUCACGGAAAGCUCUUCUACAAAGAAGAGCUGUAAAGGAGGCAAUUUGUGGUAGAAAUCGCUUGUAUAAGGUCUCUCUUUCUGUUGUUAUCGUUCUAUGGGGCCUUGUCUUCCUCUUAAACACAUGGAUAGGCCAUGGAGAUGGCCAAGCAGAAAGAUCAGAAGAGUACCAUGUUAAUGCAACAAGAUGGGGUGAAGACGAAGUGUCUUUUGUCAGGGAUGCGAAUCAGAGAUUAUCUACAGACAAAGAUCCAUCAGAUGGAACUACAAGGUGGGAUGAAGACACAGCAUCUCUUGAAAGGGAUGUGAAUCGGAGAUUAACAGAUGGAACUGCACACCCAUCAGAUGGAACUACUAGAUGGGCUGAAGAUGAGGUGCCUUUUGAUAGGGAAGUAAAGCGGGCAGUAUCUGUAGAAGGGAAUCCAUUAGCUGAAGCCGUCUCUGAAAAUGGUCAUACUGAUCAUUAUAAGAGUGAAUCACUUGCUAAACUGGCAAAAGAAAAUUCUGAAUUGGUUGCCAAGGAAGAUUCUGUAAGGAAAGAUUUGCCCGGAAAUGUGGAGAAGGACAAAUCUUUAACUGAUGAGUUGUCCAGUGGAGUGCAUAUAGGUCUUGAUGAAUUCAAGAAUAAGGCAUUUAGUUCUAAAACGAAAUAUGCAACGGGUAAACCUGGAAGCAUAAUGCAUAGAUCAGAGCCUGGUGGAGAGGACUACAAUUAUGCUGCUGCUUCUAAAGGAGCAAAGGUCUUGUCUUUCAAUAAGGAAGCCAAGGGCGCUUCUAAUAUCUUGAACAGCGACAAGGACAAGUACCUCCGAAACCCAUGUUCUACCGAAGAGAAAUUUGUUGUGAUAGAGCUUUCUGAAGAAACGUUGGUCGAUGCCAUUAAAAUAGCAAACUUUGAGCAUCACUCUUCUAAUUUGAAAGAUUUUGAGCUAUUAGGCAGUGCUGUUUACCCUACUGAUUCAUGGGUCACGCUUGGAAAAUUUAGUGCUCAAAACGUGAAACAUGCUCAAGACUUUGUGCUUCCGGAGCCAAAAUGGGCGAGAUACCUUAAACUGAACUUGUUGAGUCAUCAUGGUGCGGAGUUCUACUGCACACUAACAUUAAUUGAAGUGUACGGCAUUGACGCUGUUGAGAAAAUGCUUGAGGAUCUGAUUUCAGCUCAAGAUAAGGUACCCCUAUCUGGGGAAAUAUUAGAUGAUAAAAAGUCUGGUUCAAACCAGCACGCAAGCUCUGAAGGUAUGGGUUAUGAAGAUCUAGUUGAAGAACCCGAUACUAUGAUCAGAACCCCUGAUGUGAAACAUGGAAGGUUGGAAAUCGACGUGCCUGACCCAGUUGAAGAAAUCCGUCAUAAACAAGUAAAUCGGAUGCCUGGGGAUACCGUUCUUAAAAUUUUAAUGAAAAAGGUUAGAUCUUUGGAUUUGAAUCUAGCUAUUCUUGAGCGGUACCUAGAGGAGUUAAGUACCAGAUACGGAGACAUUUUCAAGGAAUUUGAUAAAGAUAUUGGACACAAGGGCGUACUUCUACAGGAGAUAAUAUUUGAACUACGGAGUCUAUCUAAAAGCAAAGAAGUUAUGAGCGAGGAGAUCAGUGAGCUUUUGUCUUGGAAAUCUCUUGUUUCGGUGCAGCUGGAGAGUAUACUCAAAGAGCAUGCCCUCCUCAGAUCGGAAGUGGAGACAGUAAGGAUGGAGCAGACACACAUGGAGAACAAGGGAAUUGUGAUAUUUCUUGUUUGUGUGGGAUUUGGAUUUAUGGCAAUUGUGAGGUCAUUUGCAGAUGUGGUGGUGGUACAGAAUAUGAAUGUGAAUAGUUGGAGUGAUUGUGUUUCCAGGAAAUUUUGUUCAGAGAAGUCAUCCUGGUUUUACUUAUUGCUCAGCUGUAGUAUUAUCAUAAUUAUUCUUUCAUUAUAGAGAUUUUCCAUUAUUUU